ACAAAUAAGAAGAAGAGUGCUACACGAUGAGCAUCGACGAGGCAAAGGAGGGCGGCGGAGGCCCUGUCAUGUCUCCUCGCGCUUUUGCGCUUGCGCACCAGAGGGACAGGGGCAGCUUCGUGGGCUGCUCUAGGAUUGCCGACUAUGAAGUCCUGGGUAAACUGGGCGAGGGUACCUUUGGUGAGGUUCACCGCGCGAGGUCGAGGAAAACGGGCGCCCUGGUUGCACUCAAGAAGAUCAUCAUGCACAACGAGAGAGAUGGGUUCCCCAUCACUGCUCUUCGAGAAAUCAAGUUGCUCAAGCUUCUCUCGCACAAAAACGUCUUGCGCCUAGAGGAGAUGGCGAUUGAGCAUCCACCCAGAACCGACAAGCGAACAAGACCUAUCGUAUACAUGGUCACACCCUACAUGGACCACGAUUUAUCCGGCUUGCUCGAUAACCCGUCAGUUCGCUUCACAGAACCACAAGUCAAAUGUUACUUGCUGCAGUUGCUAGAAGGUCUCAAGUAUUUGCACGCGAACCACAUUCUGCACAGAGAUAUGAAGGCGGCCAAUCUUCUCAUCAACAACAAGGGUGUACUACAGAUUGCCGACUUUGGUCUAGCAAGGCAUUACGAGGGCGACAUUCCCCAACCCGGGAAGGGAAGUGGCGAGGGGAAGCGUGACUACACUAGCUUGGUGGUGACCAGAUGGUACCGCCCUCCCGAGCUUCUGAUGCAUCUCAAAAGGUAUACCACAGCGAUAGAUAUGUGGGGUGUUGGAUGCGUAUUCGCAGAGAUGCUGGAGGGAAAGCCAGUCCUACAGGGCGAAAGCGAUCUUCACCAGUUAGAGCUUGUUUGGGACCUCUGCGGAACACCAUCUGAGGAGACGAUGCCGGGAUGGAGGGCGUUACCCGGUGGCCAGGCAUUCUCGUCAAAGCCUAGGCCAGGAAAUCUGGCACGCAGAUUUGAGAAGCACGGGCCCGUGGUUAUUUCGCUGCUUAAGGAGCUGUUCAAGCUUGACUGGAGAUCACGCAUCAACGCGAUUGAUGCUCUCAACCACCCAUAUUUCCGGACUGCGCCACUACCAGCUCUACCUGGCGAUUUACCAACGUUCGAGGAGAGUCACGAAUUCGACAGGCGCAAGUUUCAAGACAGGAAAGCGGCAUUGCCACCUGCGCCUAAGGGAGGCACAGUGGGCCGCGGGGCUGUUGUUAAUAGCCAAGGCCCAGAUACCGGAUUUAGCGGUAGGGAUGGUUACGGCGGUGGUGGUCGUAAUGGGGCAAACGGCGGCAGAUACCCGCCAUACCACCGUGGUCCCCCACCAGGCGACGAGCGAGUUCCCUCGUGGCAUAGUGCACGGGGAUUGCCUCCACGACCUCCGAUGCCCGCAGACUACCAUGGCAGCGGGCCGAUGGACCACACCGAUGGGUACCGUGACCGUCCACCACGUAGAGGUCCCGGUGGACCGCCCGGAGGGGGAGGUGGUCCGAGCAACGUAGACACUUACAUCCCCAGCUACGACCGCGACGGACCCGCGCCGCGCCGAGAGGACUGGCGCCGCCGUGAUGACUGGGAUGACAGACGAGGUGGAGUGGACCGGGAUAGGAGACGGCCAGAAUAUGACGUUAGGAGCCGGGACAGCAGGACGAGGAGCCGAACACGCAGCAGAUCCCCAGUCCGUGACCGCGAUCGAGGUCGGGACCGCGAU